CCGUUGUAGCGUACUAGCGUUGUUUGACCGCCAUCCGAACACAAACUACGCCGCAGUAGAUUUUUCCCGCAGCCCCGCGGAGUCGAACAUCCCUCCUAACAAUAUUUUAUUGUUCCGCACCCGGUGUUACAAAACGUACAUACUUUACAGUCGUUCACCGCCGUCGUAGCGCGAGACGACGGCAUCCUUCGUUUAUUGUCGCCGUUUUCUCGUCACUCGUCAGUGUGUUCAGUUUAAUCGUUACAGCGUCCCCUCGUUGUGUGCCCGAACGACGUCGAAACAACGCCUGCGCUUCCGCCGCCGUCUUGACGCCAUACAGUUUAACCGAGUUUGACACCACGACGUUCACCGCAGCAGACAAUAUGGACGAGGUACGUUCAACAAUAUUAUAAUAUAACAAUAUUCCUCUUUACCACCGCCAUUCGUCUCCAACGGCGUCGUGAAACCGGGGACGUUGAGUCGCCAUACAUAUUCGGCCCGGUCGUUAAUACGUUUCGUUCAACGUCCCACCCAUCAUAAACUCGAAGAUUUGUAACCGUUCGCUCGUCAGCCCCAGACUUUUGAAUGUCGUUUACUCGUUAUGUAGUAUGUACCGAAACUCGGUCUGACGAAUAGCUUCCGUGUAACGGCGCCGCCUUUCGUCCCGUCCGCAGCCGCGCACGCGGUUUUGGUUAAACCCGUGCGGCGUGUAUGUGCCACCGUCCACCAUAUUGUAUUUAACUCCUUACCCAUAUUAUCACCGUUCGUUCGAUUUUCAAACGUAGUAUUUUGCUACGAGUCUUUGUUUUUGGCCGGCCGAUGAUGACUAGUUCACAUUUUGUACCUACCUCUUAAAUUGUCUACCGUUAAUUACUACAAUGACAAUGGUGAUAUUCCUGGGGGCCGUUAAUUAGUUUUAUCGUUGCUUCAAUACUUACUAUUGUUUACAUUUUACUAAAUAAAUUAAAAUACACAUGUUAUGUAGUUACCUAUAAUAAUUUAUAAAUUUUACAAACUUGAAAAAAUAUAUUCUACAUAACAUUAUAUAUUUGUUAACUAAUUGAAGUGUAUUCUAUUUUAUAGGUAGCGCCAGAACCCGAUGAAUCUCAAUUGACAAGUAAUUAUUUUUAAUAUAAAUAUUAAAUACCUACCUAUUCUAUUGUGCUAAAUAUUUUGUUUUGUAUUUUUGGUAGAUGCUAUUGCUGAUCAAAUAGAUGAUGAAAUUGAUCCAUUACUAGUUGAUGACAAAAGUAUCGAUAAAGAUUAUGAACAAGGUGAUGAAGUGGACGAUGAGACUACAAUGGAAGAAGAAGAAGCACUUCCGGAAUUGGAAGACCCUAUGAGGGAAAUACGAUUUCUAGAAGAAGUAUCUAAAAUGAUCUAAUAAUAAUAAUAAUUAUUUUAUUAUAUUAUUUAACUUUUUGUUAAUACAGGAAAGUAACAUGCCUAUUCAUGAACUUAUGCUUAUGUACGGCUAUACUAACAGUGCUGCUGCUCCAGACAAUGACGAAAGAAAGAAGAAGAAGAAGAAGAAGAAGAGUUCUUCAAAGAAAAAUAAGGAUGAAAGAAAGAAGGUAAUAAUACAAUGUUUGUUAUACAAAAUAUUGUAUUAUUUGUUUUAAUUACUGUUGUGUUUAUCUAGAAGAAGCUGUCGUCUCCGUCUGAUGAAAUUCCAGGUAAGGCAAGAAAAGUUAUUUAAAAAUUGGGUACUUCUUCAAUAUGUGCCUACCUCGUACGUGCGGUCUACUAUGGUCUAACUUGUCCGUGUGAUAUACAAAUAUCUGCGAAAUUCCCAAAUAAAGAAAAAAAAUAUUAAUAAUGAUUGAUUAUAAUUUAUUUUACACCCAUUCCCAAUCUAAUCCCUAAUCCUGUGAAAUCAAUUCAUUUGUAAAAAAAAGUUGUGCCUCUCCCCCUAAAUGGGUAUUGUGCAGUAGAUUAGUGGAAAAUUCUUGUCAUUAAAAUCUUGAAUAUAAUUUUCAAAUUGUACAAAUUUUAAAAAAAUUUUGGUAGGUGUGCACCAGUCUAUUAUGAAAUUUUUCUUGUCUUUGAUGCAUCGAUAAACAGAAUACUGAUAUGCCGAUAUAUUGUUAUGGAAAAUAUUGAUAUGUUCUUAAUUAUUGAAACAAUAGAUAGUGAAUAGUGAUUGUAAAAUACCAAAAUCUUCCAAUGCAUAAUCAUUCAUGAUUAAUACUAUAUAUAUAUGUAUUAAUAAUACAAAUAUGUAUUAGUGCAGUAGCGUAUUUACCAGGAAGAUUAAGAAAAUAUAUCUCCCACCUUGGAUUUUUUUUAGUAUCUAAUAGUUAAUCAAACCAUAUUUUUAAAUUCAUAGUUCUUUACUGUUGAGAUAGUAAAAAAAACAAUUUAAUGUAUUAAUAUCUAUACAAGUUAAUGUAUCAAAUAAACCUUAAAUUAUACAUACAUUUUUUUGUCUAAAACAAAACCUUUUGGGAUCACUAUAUACAUCUAAAUAGUAAACACUAGUAAAAUAAAUAAUUAUUUACUAAUAAUUGUAGUUAAAUAUUUUUUUUUAGAUUUGAUUUCAAUAAUAAUUUUAGGGCUAUUUGAAUUAUAAAUUACCUAAAAAAAAAUAAAUUAUACAUUUUUUUUUUAGUCAGAGUACACAUAUUAUGUUACACAAUAUGACACUAUUUCCAAAAUCAAUAUUUCUCUUUGGAAAAAUCAAAAUAGGCUACUGCAUCAGUGCAAAAUCUUAUUGAUUUAGGCAUUUGAUGUAAUAUUUUGAAAUUGCUGUAGAUUUUUCAGAAUAGUUCUGUAGUAAUCAAUAGCUACUUCAAAGAUAAAUUAUAAUAUUUGCUUUAAUUUUCUUUUCUUUUUAGAUUUUGUGUGUUUUUAAUAUAUUUGUUUUACACAAUUUUCACCAGAAGAAUUUUAAAAAAAAGAGCAAAAUAUUGAUGUAUAGUGGCAAUCCCUGUGUAUGUGGGUGUUGUUUCCACACUACUAAUGUAAUCAAUAAAUAUUUGGAAAUUGAAUCUUUAAAAUGCUUGAUAACUGAUACAAACUUCUUAUUUAUUCCAAUUCAACAUUAGCCCAAGCCAAUGUUUAUCUAGAUUAUAAAAAUCUAUUAACUCUAACUAAUGUCAGAUCCAAUUAUUUUUUAAAGUUGGGAGAGGUAUAUUUAAGUAGGCACAAAUAUACUUACUUUAUGAAGUAAGCGCAAGGCUUUAGACAUACUCCUUUACUGUAAAAGCCCCCAUACACUAUGAUAAAUCAAUGAUUAAAUCAGUGUUUAAAGUCAAAAAUGAACAGUGAUAAAAACUGUCGGGUUUUGUCUAUAUACUUUAUGAUUUAUUGAUGGUUUAUUGUAGCAUAUAAGGGCCUUAAUGCCACCUAAAGAAAAAUCUUAAAAUAUUAGUGCUUCAGAUAUUAUAUUUUAUACAACAGUAUCAGGUUUGGUCAUUACAUCAAUAGGUAUCCCUAAAUGGUGACAAUGUAAUAAUUCAAAAUACAUCUGAAUACGUAUUUUUGAAAAAUGUUUAAAUGUUUAAGUUCUUAAAAAUAAAUAUAAACUGCAUAUUGAGUUAGAAAUGUACUGGUAGACAGCAUAUCAAAGUAACAAUGCAAAAAUUUAGUUAUGAUAAUUGUACCAUACUUAAACAAUAAUUAUUAUAUAUUAAUUGGAUGUGGUAAAUCGCAUAUUGAAGUAGCACUAAAAAUUGUAUAGGUAGGUAAUCUACUAAAAAGUGUUAAUAAAUCCUUGGUAGUUGAAAACUGACCAGAUGACUGAUGACUUAAACAUUUUAGCUGUUAAUGGUUAUUUAUAGAAAUUAAUUAAUACUAUUAAUAUCCAUUGAUAUUUCUUAAAGAAACUUAAUUUUUUUUUUUUGAUUGGACAUUUUGUAUUAAACUUAUUGAGUUAAACUUGUAUAACUUGAACUUUAUUAACUCAAAAUUUUUGAUACCUAGAACUUCCAGGGUCCCUUGAAUUUCUUAUUUAAACAAUAUAAAAUAUUGUAAAUAUUUUAUGGAUAACUCAAAGUUAUAAUUUUAUUAUUAUGAUAUGGUACAAUAGUUGGUUAUUCUUAUAUGUAUGUAUACAUCUAUUGAAAGUAAAGUUUAUUAAUGUUAUGAAUACUAAUAGAGUCAAAACUACUGGUUAACCAUCUGAUAAUACCACUCAUAUACACCUCAAUGCUCUGUCAGGGUUCAAUAUUUACAAUUUUAUGAUGAUUGUUUAUGAUAUCAGUAUUAAAUUGAAUAAAAUAAAAUGAAAAUUCAAUAACUUGAACUUUUCCGCCAGUCCCCUCCUUCAACUUCGAGUUAACCAUGUCUGACUGCAUAAAUUAACAAUUUGAAUUUGUAAGAACUGAAUAAUGGUUCAGUAAAUUAAUUUUAUAUUUCAAUUAAUUACCGAAUUAUGCUUCAAAUAAAAAGGUGCUUUUUUAAGAAAAUUCCAACAUUUUAGUUAUGAAAUAUAUUAAAUUGGUUUUUUUAAAUUCAUAUCAAUUUAUUUAUUUUUUUUAAUACAUUUAAUAGUUAAAGGGCCUGGUGCCAGUUUUUCAAAUCUUCCAAUUUUUUAUUAAUUAAAAUAAUUACCAUUUUAAAUAUUUGAUUUUCCAACUGAUACUAUCUGAUACUCAUUUAGGGGAAAAUAAUGGUGCUUUUUUUUUAAUGACUUCACAGAAAUAGUAAUAAGCAGAACAUUACAGUUCAAUAUUCUUAUAAACUUUUUUUUUAUUGAUAAACAACAAUCUUUAGACCACAUUGAAGUCUUGAUUUUUUAAUUCGGAUUUCAAAUAAUAGAAAAAGAUUUUAAAAUAUUAAAAAUGGAGUAUAAUGCAGUUUGUGUAAUAUUUUCCUCUAUUAAUUUAAAAAAAAAAAAAAAUAAUAAAAAAUACAAUUUGGUUUAUUCUACUGAAUAGUAUUACUAUUUCUGUAGAAUGUAUUUUUGUGGGCAAAAGAACAUUGGCACUAAGUGCCUUAAAGAAUAUUAUUUAGUAUAGAUCAUUAAUAUUUUUUAUAUUAUAGAUUCAACUGAAGAAGAAAAUUCUGCUUAUCAAAAUACCAGUAAUGAGUCAGUGUCAGGGACUAGGCCAGUCUCUGCUGAUCAGUGUGGAAAAUCUAAAAACAGAAAACGUGAAAGAAAAGUGUAUGCAGAACUACCACAAGUAAGUAUUUGUAUAUAAAUACAAAAUUAUAUUAAUAAUAGGUUUCAAACCAUGUAUGUUUAUGUCUAAGGAUCCUUCAGAUCUCAAGAUUUAUUAAAUAUAUACUAAAUACGAAAAGUGAAUUACUACUGAGUGUCUGCUGUGCAAAAAUAUAUAGUAUUGUUUUACUAGGGUGACUCUAUUUAAAAAUAUAUAUAUAUAUAUAAACAAAAAACUGGAUAAACCAUUUAAAGCUUUACUGAAAUUUUUUUUAAAAAACAAUUAUUUUUAUAUUUCAUUGUAAUUAUUAAAGUAUGUUUUAAUCAGUUUAAGAUUCUAAUAAAACACUUGAUUGAUUUGAUUGCAUUACUUUUUGUUGUUAGGUUGAAAAAAAUUGACAAAAUAUUCUUACACUGACGUUUAUUACUCAUCAAUUUUCUAUUACAAUCUUUUGUCAUAUUUUGUUUUUUGAAAUGAUUGCAUUUCAAUAAUUUUGGUUUUAAAAAAAUCAUAAAAAUUAUUUUUUAGUAUCAUUGUUGCUUUGAUAGUAUAGGAAUUAGAAAACAAUUUUUUCAUCUCCAUAAUACACGGUGUUUCAAAAGUCUUCAUCCGAUUACAAACUGAUAUAGUUCGGAAACGGUUAAUCGCAGGUUAAUGAUCAAUGUAUUCUUGGAAAGGUUAGAUAACUAAGUUUAUUUUACGUUAUCUAGUUGAUAAAUUUGGCACCCUAAUGGUUAGUGAACAAGGAACCGUUAGUUUGUUUCGUUAUGGCGACUCCGCAACAGAAAGCGUCCUAUGUUUCAAUAAGUGCGAGUCGGCAAUAUCUGUUCAACAUGAUUUUCGAAGAACUUAUGGAACUGAAGCUCCUACUGCUCAAAGCAUUCGACAUUGGCACCAAGAAAGUGCUUGUCUGUGUGCACAGAAACGCUCAGGUCGACCUCGUACCUCUGACGAAAACAUCGAGCGUGUUCGACAAAGUUUCAUUCGAAGUCAACAGAAGUCUACAGGCCUAGAGCUAGAUUUCCCACAUUCGACCGUUAGACAUUGAAGGCAUACCGACUACAACUGUUACAAGUCCUUCUACUGGAAGACAAACAAAAAAGGAUUGAUUUUUGCAAUUUCAUAUCCAAAAAACAAGGAGAAAAUGAGUCAUUUGUCUCACGCAUUGUUUUUUUCGGACGAAGCCACAUUUCAUGUAAGUGGAAAAGUCAACCGCCAUAAUGUCAGGAUUUGGGCUUUAGAGCAACUGUUGAGCAUCAAAGAGAUUCACCAAAAAUCAUUGUUUUCUGCGCAAUUUCCAGGGAAAAAGUUUACGAUCCAUUUUUUUUUCUGAAAACACAGUAACGGGUUACACAUAUCUAAACAUGUUGCAAACAUGGUUGUUUCCUCAGUUACAAGCGGAUAGUGAUGAGUUUGUUUUUCAACAAGAUGGAGCACCACCCUUGAUUUCACCCUUAUAUCUUCAUUUUUAAUAUAAAUAUAAAUUUUUAAAAUUGGAUGAAGACUUUUGAUACACCGUGUACAUUUAUUUAAAUAUUCUCUAAAUUGCUGCAUUAAUUCCAGGUAUUACUAGAGAAUAUUCUGCUAUCUGCAAAACUUGUUAAGUAUAUUUAAAAAAAAAAAAAAACAAUUAAGAAAACUGAUUUAUUUAUUGCGAAUAUUAUAAUCACUUUAAUAACAUAAUUGAAAUUUUAAUUAUUGUGUUGUAAAAAUAACAAAUUAGGAGAUUCUCAACAUAAGGAAAAACAUAUUGGUUUUAUUAUGGAUUGUUUUAUGUUUUUCUGUCUACAUAAUAAUUAAAAAUUCUGAAACUUCAAUCCCAUUAAUAAAAUAUAGUUUAAACCUAUGUCAAAUAUAAAUGGGUAUUUUGGAGAGGCUAUUAUAGGGAAAUAAAAAUCUGUAAAAUUAUUUGUAUGGAUUUAUUUAUUUUUAAAAUGUAAAAAUAAAAACAUACCAUAGUUUGAUGUUUUUCUUUUUUAGGAUAAUGGAGGAAGUACACAAGGUUGUCCACAAGCAUCAAAACUAUUAGAUUUAUAUGUGGCUGAAAUGGGUGAGUUAUAUUUAUAAUUUAUUUGUGUUUUUAUUAAGUAUAUUGGUGUUAUACGAUUUUUACUCUGGAGGGACAAGCAUAAAACUAUUGUAAUUUAUGGUGUUAAAUAUUUUUAAAAUUUCCAAUUUAAUUUAUCAAUAAAAAUAAAUUUAAAACAAUUUUUCUCGGUGGUAUUGAAUAUUUGUGUUCUUAUUCUAUAUACAAAAGCUAUUAGACAGUUUAUUUUUAUCUGGAUAUUCUUAAUUUCUCUACAACCUCCAGGUCUAUCAAAACAUACCCUUAUGUAUUGUUCAUAUUGCGUACAUCUAAAAUUUAUAUUUUUUAGCUGUAUCAAUUUUAUACCAUUUCAAAAAAAACUUAGUGCCCCUAUAUUUUGUAUUGUAAAUUAUUAGUAAUUAUUGAUUACCAUUUAAUUUUGAAUCAAUGAAUCAUUUAUCAUUAUUUUAUACAUACCAAAUUAUUCUAGUCACCAGUACAUAGAAAAUAUAUAAUUUAUAUUUUUGUAGACCAAGUACACAGUGAAGAUGAAGAUGAAGAUUACAAGCCUCAUUGGGAACUUCAGUGGAAGGUAUUGAUAGUUUGUUAUUUAUACAAGUGAUGGUCUGAAAUAAACUAUAAAAAGUAAUUUGUUUUUAUUUCAUCCAGAGUGUUAAUGUUGGAGUAGAAUUUCAAGCAUUAAUAACAGAUGGAUUUUCAACAUAUGGUGAUGUAUUGCCUUAUGAAAAUAAUGAUGAGUUAUUAUGGGAUCCAAAUGUACUUGGUGAAGAUUUAAUUGAAGAUUAUCUGAUGAAGAUCCAGCAAAUCACAAAAGCUUUGAAGCCAAAAACUAAAGUUGUUGGUGUUCGUGACAAUGAAAAGGUUAGAGUUAAAAAUAUAAUAUAAAAAAAUUAUAUUUUUUAUUUUAUGGAUAAAAUGGAAGUUAAAUAAUUUCAAUGUACAGUUUUGGUAUUUAUAUUUUAAACAAAAAUUAAACUAUACUCUGUUUUUCAUAAGAAAGUACACGUUUUGCACAUCUUCUAACCUCUAGGUGUUACGUAGUUAACAUUUACAAGGCUAUUUGAAUGUUUAAGGUUAAUGUAAAGUAGUUGCAGACUACUAGCCAAAUAUUUGAGGACUGUAACCAAACAAGUUAAAGUGGUGGUAGAUGUGUUCCUUCUUUCAAGAAACAAAUAAAUGUACCUCCAAAACUGGAACUAUAAGUUAUUAUUUACUAAUAUUUUACUAUAAUUCAUUUUUUUUCUUUUUAACCACCCAAAAGCUUUUAUUGUAACGAUUAAAAGAAAUCUUUAAUUAUACAUUAUCAAAAGUGUACAUAAAUACUUGUGAUGUAUUUAUAUACAAAAAAAAAUAAACGUGUGGAAUCUCACUCCUAGCAGAGUAGCCCCGAUCUUAAUCUAAGAGUCUUAUACUAAGAAGUCAUAUGGUCUUCAACGUUUGAGACACCUAAUGUCUAGAGAGUUGUCUAGUAGUUGAAUUGCUGCUGGAUUAGUGUGUUGAUCCAGUCUUAUCUCAUGUUUAUCUUGUUUAUCUUUAUCUAUGUCUUAUCUCAAGGCGAUCAUCAUAUCUCGGUGGAUAAUUUCGUUUCUGUCAUACCGGUUAGCUGCGACAAUGGUACGGAGAGCGAUGUUCUGCCAACAUUGUAUAAUCUCAAUAUUGGACUUGCUGGUACAAUCCCACAGUUGAAUUCCAUAAGUCCAUAUUGGUUUAAUUAUCAUUACGUCCAGGUGCAUUCCUAGAUAUUUUGCUGAGUCACACUGUGGGAUGCUCUGCUGAUCUAGUAAUACCGGUUUAUAGACAGUUUUACGCAAGGUGUAAUUUAAGUGCACCGAUUUUUUACUGUUAAUUUAAAUCUUCCAACGUUUCGUCCAGNAACAGUUAUUGGUUGGAAUGUCCGCUGUGUAGAUUCAGUUCAGGAUUGGUCCAAGGACGCUUUCCUGUGGUACACACACCAGUAUCUUUUUCCAAUCAGUUAAUGCUUCUUCAUGAAUGACCCUGAAUUCCCACAAAAACCCAGUCAGGUAGGAUUCGAAAAGUGGUAUGUGACAGCUGUUCACAUAGUUUUAUAAGUAAUCAUUUGUGCCAAACUUGUCAAGGAAUACUCUGCAGCAAUACUUUUUCUCUUCAAGCGCUUUGCUUAUUACUUUAGUGACAUGAUGGACCUGGUCGAUUGUUGAGUGUUUAUUUCAAAAUCCAAACUGAUGUUCUAGUAUAAGCUGUCCUUCUUCUAUCAACGGUUUUAAGUGUUUUAGCAGUAAUUUUUCAAAUAAUUUUGAGAUGCUUGGAAGAAGCGAGAAGUUGGUCUAUAUGAAAUUACUUGUUCUGGUGGUUUUCUUGAUUUAAGUGCCAUGAUCACUUGGACUCGUUUUCAUUGUUUAGGAAUGUAUUUCAUACUUAAGAUGGCAUUGAAUAUGUGUGUUAGAUGAAUUAUAGCUUUUUUAGAUAACUCUUUCAGGAUAUUUGGGUUAAUCUGAUUGUAUCCAAGCGCCUUUUUGGGGUUGAUAUUCAUAUCAAUUUCUUUUUUGAUUUCAACUAGAGUAAAGUGCUUUAUCUAAUCGCGUAUUUCAUUUAGUGGUUGACACUAAGUUAUGUCGAGUUUGGAAACCACUUCAUUUGGUUGAAAUACACAUUAUAAAUGAAGUGCGUAUAUAUCUGCUUUAUCAGCCUGCUCAUGAUCCAUCUUCCAUUCGGAUAGGUGGUACAUAGGCUUUAGGACUCUUCAUUCAUCUUGUAGCCUUCCAUAAUGAAUAAUCAGUGUUACUCAUUGCAGAAAGUUCACUUAAGUAUGAAUUGAACCUUUCGUUUUUACUUUUUUAAUUUUGUCAUGUAAAAGUUUGCUAGUGCGAAUCCAGACGUUUUUAUUGGAAGGAUCUCUUGUUGGGUGCCAUUUUUUCCGUGCCUUUCAUUUUUCUUUUACUAGAACUUUAUUAUUGCUGGUAGAAAAGUUGUCCGCAGAAAAAAAUGAAUUGACCAAUAUUAUUAGAGUAUGUUCAUCAUCUCACGAAUUGUCUCAAUAUUUAAUUACUCGAGUAUACAAUUCUUAUACAAUUAUCAUAUCUUUUGGAAAUUGUCAAGAUUUCAGUUUGAUUAUAUUGUACUAUAGUUCAUUAACACAAUAAAUUUGUAAUAUUUAUACUAAUUUUUUUUUAAUCCAUUUUAGGGUAUUGAUAUUUCCCUUAGUUUUCUUUCUUUAGGAUAAAAGAGUUUAAUUAUUUUUUUCAUAAUACAGGUCUUUUUUACUGUCCAUAGCAUCAAAGAUAACAAAUACUGUUGUAUGUAUUAUACAAACGAAUCUUUCUCUAAGUUUCAAUAUUUCAAACAUCAGCGGACACCAGACUAAUCAAAAUUUGAAAAUCAAAAUAAGAAUAUUCCUUCUAUUUAGUACAAUUUUUUUUUAUCUUUUAUUAUAUUCUAGGAAUCAAAUGUUGGCAGUUUAUUUUCAAUUAGGAGCGGCGAUAAAUUUCUGCACACCCAUGUCAAUGAUACAGAUUUUAUCAAAAAUACGUCAUCAUUCUAUUCAAAUGACAAAAAUGCCAAAAAACUAAAUAAAAUUAUGGGACUUGGAUUUAACAGAUUUUAAUUUUUAAAAUUGAUAUUAGUAUUAGUCAAUAUUAGUCAUUGUUGUUAGUUCAAGAGUGGCAGAAAGAAUUUCAGUUUUUUUUAUAUAUGUAUAUAUAUUUAAGUACGCCAUUAAUUUUUAUAAUAAUGGUAAAUUUCCAAGGCUUUAGUAGAGUUGUUGAAGAUUUUCAAUCAGUUUUCAAAAUUAAAAUCUGUCAAACCCAAAUCCCACAGUUUUGUCUAACUUAUGACCUGUUUUACAUGAUAAUUUGUAUCUCCUCCAGCCCCCUUAAGCAGUGCUAAUUUGCUUAUAGGUUAAUUUGGCACUGAAAGCAACUCUAUUUAGUAUUAUUUAAAGGGGAAAUAUUAAUCAAAAAAUAAUAAAUAAUGUUUUAAAAUUGUUCUACUUUAUAGAAAAUAUGUAUUAAUAUAUUACAAAAACCUAUUGAAAUAUUAGAUUUUUACUGUGGAUCAGAAUUCAGUUAUUUUGUACAAUUUAUUAGUAAAUGUUUUUAUACAUUUCAAUACCUAUAUAAACUUGCUAAACAGUUUUAUUUGAAGAUAAACAUUUUGAAAAUGUAUAUGAUACCUAAUAUAAUUUAUUAUAUUAAUAUUAAUAAUUAGGAAAACUAUAAUCUUACUAAAUGUACAUAAAAUUAAUAUGAUUGUUUUUACUAAUAACAUUAAAAUUUUAAAUAAUCUUAAAUUGAAACUAAAAAGGUUAUAAACCAUAGUAUAGUAAUUUAGAUAAUCAACCAGUGCAUUUGUAUGAGGGCAAACUUAAAAAUAAGGUCUCCAAUUGUUUGUUUUUCAUAGAAAAAUAAUAUUUAUUUACAUUGUUGGCUACAUUGGUGGAAAGGUCAUGGCUCAUGAACUUUUGAUUCUUAGAGCCAUACAAGCUUCUGUCCAAAACAUAAAGAUAAGCGUUGACCUCCUCUUGCAUCUUGUCAGGAUUUUCAUCCCUCCUAGUUGUUUCUUCAGGGCAGGGAACAUGUGGAAAUUACAUCAGUUCUUGAUCAUGAAGUCACAUAUUUCUAAUGAAAUGAGACCUCUUGGUCAGCAUUCCUAGUUUUUGAUAGAGUGGCGAAGCGUUUGUAGUGUUUAGUAGUAUCUUUCCACAUUGAUAAUGGUUCAGAGGGGGGGGGGCAUGAAAUUCACCAACAAUACUCCAUUUCGAUCCCAAAACGCUGUUACCUUAACCUUCCUGGCUGAAAGAGUUUGUUUGAACUUCUUUGGUUUUAGAGAUAUUGUGGGCCAUUGUUUAGACUGUUGCUUCUUAUGGAGGUAUAAUGGUGAGCCCAUGUUUUAUCAUAAUGGAGUUCAAAAUAUAACGCGAAUUGAGUCUCUGCUACACACUCCAACUUUUUCUUCCAAAUACCUGUAUAAAUAAUAAAACUAAAAUCUAUAGUUACAUGAUGCUUUUCAUCACACUUUUAUAAUAUUUCAAUAUAAAUAUAUAAAAUAAAUAAAUACAGUUUUCUGUUUAAACACUGUUAAAUUGUAUUACUACUUGAUAAAUUGAUAACAAAAUAAUGGUACAUUAAAAUAAUCAAAAGUUGUGAUUUAUCUACUAAUUUUAUAAAAAUAAGCUCUAACAAAAGGAGAUCCAUUUAUAAACUCCUGGUAUAUAAUAUAAACUAUGGAUUUUACAAAUGAAUUUAGAUUCUGAGUGGAGUGAAGAAGCUUAUGGUUUUUCAAAGAUGUUUAUUUUUUCUUUAUCUGUUAAUGACUUAUCUACAAGAAGACUUGCUCCAAUUUCUAAGUAUAGCACCUUUUCUGGCAGGAAAUCAAUGUGGGGAGGUACUUUAAAGAGAUUAUUUGUGUCAGGUGUUUUCUCAUAAAAUUUGAAAAACCAAAAGAAAAAGAAAAAUAUAAGAAAUGUAGAUAUUAGUUAAAAUUUAUUACGGCUUUCUUUUUUUCUAUGAACAGCUUUUUUUUUAUCAACAAUUUAGCUUGAACUUAUAUUGAUAACAAUGUUUGAAAAAGGAAAUUUGGCUAGGGAAGUACUUUAAAGAGGUCAUUUUUCGAUUUUCUCAGUAGUUUUCUCAGAAAACGUGAAAGCAUCACUAUCAAUUGAACUCCGCUCAGACAAAAUAUAACUUGAAUAUAAAAUUAUAGAGCAGCUUGUUUCUUAAAUGUUCUAGAAAACAAAUUCUGGAAAAAUUAAUACAUUCCAAGAUGAAGAGUGUACCCACUUGAAUGUAUUAAUGGGUACAUUAAAUUAUCUUUAACAAUGGGUGCACCCAUCCAAACUCCGCUCAGAAUAGUUUUUUUCUUUAGGAAUGGUUGAUUGUUUUUUACAGAUAUACAUCAAAUUCUCCUCUAUAUCUUACUUUCCCACUUACAACAGUGGCUGUACUUGUCCCCAUUAUCCUAGGACAGCUUUUUUAAUAUAAUACUAAUGCCAACCAUCAAAUAACAAAAAUCAGUAAAUAAAUUAUUUUUCAUUAUAAUAUUUUAAUUAAGUAUUAGUUUUAUAUAUCAAACUAUUUUUUUAUGUGUAUAAAAUGCACUUUUACUAUUAGACUAGCUGAGCUAGUAUAUAUACAAAUAAAAUAAAUAAUAAUACAAUCAACUGUGGUUUUAAUUUGACUUGUAUUGUUUUGGCUUGGAAAACCUGUUACGUUUCAAUUUUUUAUUUAAUCAUGUAUGAAAUUAAAAAAUGUUUUGGAUUUGAAAUUUACAACUUAUAUAGUAAUAUAUGUCAAGGGAGACCUGAGCAAAUGUUAUUCAAAUUUCAUUUAAACACAAUACUUUUAACCACUGUAUAAAUAUUUAAAUUUUCAUCCACUUUUAACUGAAAGAUAUAUUUUUCUUUAAUAAUUAUUAGUACUUCUGAAUCAUGUUGUAAUUUGUUGAGCAAAAUAAAUUAAAAUUGAAUUUGUGUUAGCUUUAUUAUUAUUGUAUACAUAUGAUUUGUAAUUUUGGGUCAUAGCAUACUAUAAAUGUUUUUCUUAAUUAAUGUAUGUUUUUUAUUAAACUAUUAUAAAUAAAUUUAAUUUUGAUUUUUAUGAAUUUUAUCUGUUAAAAUACUGUUUUUAAAUUACAAUUUGUAUUCCAUUGGCAGGCUCUGUACUUGUUAGUUCAAUGUGGUCAUGAUGUAGCUGAAGCUCUUCGAAGAAUGUCAUUAAAUGUUAUUCCAUUGGAGAAAUCAUUAAGUGUUUGGUCAGAAGAUGAAACAAUCAAAUUUGAAAUGGGAUUACUGAUGAGCGGAAAAAAUUUCCACGCAAUACAAAAAGAAGUAAUUAAAAAUAUUAAAUGUUUAUUGUUUUUAGUUCCUUUAAUAAUAGUAUUAAUACAAAUAAUUUAUAUUUUGAAAUUUAAUUCAUAUAUCCAUUGAAUGUUAAAAACCAUUUUAAUAUUUAAGGUUAAAACAAGAUCAGUAGCAGAAUUGGUUCAUUUUUACUAUUUCUGGAAAAAAAGUGACAGAUUUGAUAUAUUUGAAAGAAAACAAGUUUCAAUGCGUCCUGAAAUAAAGUAAGAAAUGUUAUUUUCCUAAAAUAUAAACAAAUUCAGAAUACUAUUUCAAUUUCAGAAGAUUAUUUUAAGUUUAUACAAAUUUUGGUAUGUUAUACAAUUAUUAUUUUCACUUAUUUUUUUUUUUUUUUUUUAAUGCUGUACAAUAUUUAAGUAUUGUUUUUGAAAUCAUAUAACAAUGAUACUCAAGUUUUACGGUUUUAAGAAAUAGUAAUAUUGUAAAAUAUCCAGUUACAGAAAUCUAAUGGUAACCAAACAAAUUCAUGUACAUAUUAGCUACAUUUUUUAAAAAAUUAUUUGAAUAAAUGAAAGGAAAAUAAAUACAAUUAACAGACCUAUGGUAUUUUAUAUUUAUAGGUAUGUAUAACUUUAAAACAAUUUUUAAUUUUGGAAAUAUUUACAAAAACAAGUUUGUUAUCAGCUAAUUUAUUUAUUAAAUAAAAAUAUCGGAUUCCUUAUUCAGAAAUAAAUUUACUUAUAAUUAUCAAGAAACGCCAUAGUUCUUACAAAUAUUCUGUUCAAUGGAAGUUUGUUAUAUGAAAGUUUCACUGUAUAUAUUUUUUUAAGUAAAUUAAAUUUUCACUGUUGUUUUUAAACAUAAUAAUCUUACAUGAAGUGGUGUUUUAAAAUCUGUUUAGAAUUAUCUGCAUUUAUGAACAGCACAAUCCACAUUAUUACCAAGAAUAUUAGUGUUAUUCACAGUAAAUGUGUUUAUGGUUUUAGUUAUAUUUUAAGAUUUUAAUUAAAUUAACAUAAUACAUUUAUAUUCUGUAAAUCUGUAAAUUAUAGGCAAUGGCAACAUUUGGAGUCAGAAGAAGAUCAAGACAGUGACUUUGAUAGUGUGUUUCAAGAAAAUACCCAGGAAGACAGCGAAGACAGCUUGAAUGCUGCUGAAAAUAAGGCACAAAUGAAAUGUUUAAUAUACGCUGAUCGCAAAAGACAAGUACGAAAAAAGGCUACAAAUAAUGCUUCUAUAAAUACUAAUACAACUACUUCUAAUACUAUUACUACUACCUCUAAUACUAUUACUACUGUCACUAAUACUACUAAUACUAAUUAACUAUCAGUGCACCCCUUCAGGUACACUUAUGAAUCUUGAAAUAUUAAUUUAUAGAGUCUAUUUUGCUUCCCUUUUCCAGAUUGAGAAAUAAUAAAUCAUCCAAAAAUUGUGUUAUACCGUCAAUUUAAUACAAUGUAAUAAUUGUUCACUAUUACAUAAUGACUGACACUUCGAAACUGUUUGAGAAAUCUGUAUCCAAGUUACGCAUAUUAACCCAUUCAAGUUUCACUUGGAAGUAUAUACUUCAGUAAUAAUUAAAUCUGAAAUACCUACCAGACUAAAUUAAGUUUACAUCUUCAUUAUAUUUUAUUUCAGAAAUGGUAAACCAGGUUUGCAUAAAAUUAAUUUUAGAAUGUAAUUUAAAUGAUAUAAUUAUAGUAAUUUAAAUAUUCAAUUGGAGAUAAGUUAAAACCUGAAUGGGAGUUAUAGAUAGGAUAAGAAUAACUUAUUAGUUUAUUAAAGGUAUUUAAAUUCUAUUUCAUAUUAUAUGCUGAGUAUUUUUUACAUAAUUUAAUUUAAUUGUUUUUAAUAAUAGCAUCUAUUUGGGUCUUGCCACAUUAAACCAGUUAUGUCAUAUAGCUACAACUUUCUGAUUUCACCAUUUUUCUAUAAAACAUACAGUAUAUACUGUUAUAAUAUGCAUUUCUAAAAUAGUACACUUCUACUAUACUAUUACUACAAUUGUGCCUUUGUUCACUGUCUGAUACAGUUCCAACGUGUGAUCAAGAACACUUGGAUUCUUAUCACACACAUCAUAUUUGAUGGGUGAACACUCUGGUUUUCAAGUUUGAAUGGCAAUUUUGAUUACCUAUAAUCAUUAUAGGUUAAUAUGAAAUGUCAUAAACAAGAUAGAAAGAAAGAUUCUAUUAUAUGGUGUUAAAAAUAUUUUUCAAGUCCAGGAAUUUUAAUUUUAGGUAUUUACUUAAAAUUAUUAAAUAAAAAUAAAUAAUUACACAAAUCUUAAAAAUAUCCAAUAAAUAUAUAAACACAAUACAAUUUCUACAGUUUACUAAUUCAGCUCAGUUCACUGCCUAUAUCAUAGUAGUAGUGACACCCACCAAAACCACAGUAAGAUGAUUUAACUGGUCUGGUGUAGUGAGACCUUAAUAUUUUAUAUUAUCAUUAUUCAGACUCUUUUAAAAAAAGACUGAAAUUAAAAUAAUAAUUAAAUUAUAAUUAUGUAAAUAGUUAUUCAUACAGUUAU